AUGUACUCCCCGCCACCUGGCCCUCCCCGAAUCCACAUCCUCGGCGUAGGAAACCUCGGCCGCCUCUUCGCCCACGCCCUAGCAAACACCCCCAACCCACCCCCCAUAACCCUCAUCCUACACCGGCCCUCCCUUCUCUCAGACUGGGAGUCCGCAGGCCGCAGCAUCUCCAUCACUACGCACGGGCUCACCAAUUCAGCCGGAGUCUACGACAUCGAAGAACCCAUCCAUUCAGGUAGCGGCAUGAUUGAAAACUUAAUCGUAGCAACGAAAACGUUACAUACGGCAAAGGCGUUGGAAGCCGUGAAGCAUAGACUUAAUGCGCAGAGCACGGUUUUGUUUACGCAGAAUGGGAUGGGUACUACGGAGGAAGUCACGCGUUUGAUAUUCCCCGAAGACGCGAGGAGGCCGAAUUAUCUGGCAGCUAUUACAUCGCACGGUGUGUAUUCCGAAGGUCCGUUCAGGUCUGUGUUUGCAGGACAAGCCCAUGUUUCAGUCGGCCUUGUAUCUGGCUCUUCUGCAAAGUCACGAUACCUGCUUGAUCAAAUCGUAGCUGCGAAACUGUUGAAUGCAACGGAGUUCGAGAGCAGGGAGUUGCGGUUGCUGCAGCUUGAGAAGUUGGUGAUUAAUGCGAUGAUUAAUCCUUUGACGGUGGUUUAUAAUUGUCGGAAUGGAGAGCUUCUCAAACGGUCUGAUAUCAUGAGCGUGAUGAGGGAUCUGCUUGCUGAGGCUAGUCAGGUUGUUUCGUCGCUUCCCGAACUGCGGACUAGAGAAGAUGGAGGAAAUGAUGUGGCAGAACGUUUCAGCAACGAGAAUUUAAAAGCCAAGGUCUUGGACGUAGCAGAGAAAACCGCGGCGAAUACCAGCUCCAUGCUACAAGAUUUCCGGGCAGGGAGAGAGACGGAAGUGGGGUACAUCAAUGGGUACAUUUCAAAACGGGGGAAAGAGCUGGGGAUCAAUGUUGGGAAUAACGAGAGGAUUGUGGAGAUGGUACAGAAAAGAAAAGUGGUUGAAGAUGAAUGA